AUGUUUUCUUAUAACCGUAGCCGCCGCUGUCCGUGGACAUUCAUCGCAUUUCUUUUCGUCGCAUUUCUUAUUUGGCACACUCGCCCUAGUGAAAAACUCCAAAAUUUCUCGCCUAAACACCUCGCCGGAUUUCUCAACCGUACAAUUUACGAGAAUCUCGAGAUCCCUAUCAACUUUCGGCCUUCAAUCCCAGCAACCACAGUAACAGUCACGAAUACCAAAACCCUAACAGAAUCAUGCCCUGUUCCCACUUCAAAGCAAGUCGAAAAUGUCCCAAUCACGAAGGAAACAAGCUUCGAUCAGCAAACUGUAGAAAGAUUGAGGCAAGAAGAAAUAACAGUGAUCUUCAAAACCGGUGCUCAAGAACACUCUUCACUCCCCAUCCAUCUCAGCACCACCUUCCAACAUUUCACGCCUUCAGAUGUUCUCUUCUUCUCCGACCUCGCCACCACAAUAGGCCGAUUUCCAAUCCACGACUCUCUAGCCAAGGUAUCAUCAUCCAUCCGUCGCACACAUCCAGAUUUCCAAAUCUACCGUGACAUCCAACAUUUUCAUGCCACCAAUCAAAAUCUCGAUCUUCUGAAAGAGAAUCCAAAAUUGGGUGAUGACAGAAAAGGAUGGGUAUUAGACAAAUACAAGUUCCUCCACAUAAUCAAAGAAACCUGGCGAUUAAGACCGGAUAAAAAAUGGUAUGUGUUUAUGGAAACAGACACUUAUCUCUUCUUGCCAAAUCUCGUACAAUUGCUUUCCGGGAUGGAUGCCUCGAGGCCAUAUUAUUUCGGAUCUUUAGUUUCAUACGAUGAUAUCCCCUUUGCGCACGGGGGGAGUGGGUAUGUUCUCUCAGCUGCUGCGAUGCAUACGCUGCUUGAUCGCGAACCCAAGCAUGGACACGCGAGCGGCUUGGCUAAUAGAUUGGAUGUGGAAAUGGAAAGCUACUGCUGUGGGGACUUCGUUUUGGCGUUGGCAUUGAGGAAUAGGGGAAUAGAACCUAUGAGUAUGUAUCCAUUACUCAGUGGUCAAAAACCCUGGACAAUGGCUUUUGGACCUGAGGAGAUGUGGUGCCAGGCUGUUGUUAGUAUGCAUCAUGUCUUACCAAUGGAAGCAAGUGAUUUAUGGCGAUUCGAGAGAGAGAGGGAGGAGAGAUUAGGAGUGAGCAAUGUAAGCUGUCCCAUUUUUCUAACUUGAGAGCGAAGGGAAGAGAAUUUUCCGCGAAUGUAUACUGAUGUUCUAGUAGGGAACCACUUUCUCGGAAUUAUAUCACCAUUUUGUGGAACCAAAUCUCUUGGUUGAAAAAGAUAAUUGGGAUAACCUUUCGCAUGGUCCCACAUUUUCUGCAAAGAUUCUACAGUCUGAAAGAAUCAAAACCUUGAAAGAAGAGCAACGGUUCAAGAUGGCAGGAGAGGAGCUAAGACGAAAAGCGAAUAUGCUUAAUUGGACACCCGUAGAAAUGGUAUCCUUCAAAUCAUUCGAGAAUUGUCAAAUGGCAUGCCAAGCAAGAAAUGAUUGUUUCCAAUUCGCAUUCAUCGAUGAAUACGACGAACCGACCUGUAGACUAGGUUUGAACUUCCGUUUGGGCAAAUACCAACCCCCAAAAAAGGGAAGAAAGGUAAUGUGGAAAUCCGGCUGGAUGAAACAGAAGAUCAUGGAUUGGGCUCAGGAAAAUCCUUGCAGGGAGGUGGGUUGGAAUGGCGAAUGAUAAUUGCGCGUGUGUUGUCAUCUUAUGAUAUAUCACUUUGAAUGUAACCGAGGUG